GAAAUAUGGGAUGUAUAAAAUCAAAAAGGAAAGACAAUCUGAAUGGCGAUGGAAUAGAUUUGAAGCCUCAACCAGUACGUAAUACUGACCGAACUAUUUAUGUGAGAGAUCCAACGUCCAAUAAGCAGCAAAGGCCAGUUGCAGAGUCUCAGCUCUUACCGGGACAGAGAUUUCAAACCAAAGAUCCAGAGGAGCAAGGAGACAUUGUGGUAGCCUUGUACCCUUAUGAUGGUAUCCAUCCAGACGACUUGUCGUUCAAGAAAGGAGAGAAGAUGAAGGUCCUGGAGGAACACGGCGAGUGGUGGAAAGCCAGAUCCCUGUCAACAAAGAGAGAGGGUUUCAUUCCCAGCAACUACGUAGCCAAGGUCAACACCUUGGAAACGGAAGAGUGGUUUUUCAAGGAUAUCACCAGGAAAGACGCCGAAAGACAACUUCUGGCACCGGGGAACAGUGCUGGGGCUUUUCUUAUCAGAGAAAGUGAAACAUUAAAAGGAAGCUUCUCCCUCUCUGUCAGAGAUUAUGACCCUGUGCACGGCGAUGUUAUCAAGCACUACAAAAUUAGAAGUCUGGACAAUGGGGGCUAUUACAUCUCUCCACGAAUCACCUUUACUUGUAUUAGUGAUAUGAUUAAGCAUUACCAAAAGCAGUCCGAUGGCUUGUGCAGAAGGUUAGAGAAGGCAUGUAUUAGUCCCAAGCCACAGAAGCCAUGGGACAAGGAUGCCUGGGAGAUCCCACGGGAGUCCAUCAAGUUGGUGAAAAGGCUCGGCGCUGGGCAGUUCGGGGAAGUCUGGAUGGGUUACUACAACAACAGCACCAAAGUGGCCGUGAAGACCCUGAAGCCAGGCACGAUGUCUGUGCAGGCGUUCCUGGAGGAGGCGAACCUCAUGAAGACCCUCCAGCAUGACAAGCUGGUGCGGCUCUACGCCGUGGUCACCCGGGAGGAGCCCAUCUACAUCAUCACCGAGUACAUGGCCAAGGGCAGCUUGCUGGAUUUCCUGAAGAGCGACGAAGGGGGCAAAGUCCUGCUUCCGAAGCUGAUUGACUUUUCGGCUCAGAUAGCAGAGGGAAUGGCGUACAUCGAGAGGAAGAACUACAUUCACCGAGACCUGCGAGCAGCAAACGUUCUGGUCUCUGAGUCACUGAUGUGCAAAAUUGCGGAUUUUGGGCUUGCUCGUGUGAUCGAGGAUAAUGAGUAUACGGCAAGGGAAGGUGCCAAAUUCCCCAUUAAGUGGACCGCUCCGGAAGCCAUCAACUUCGGGUGUUUCACGAUUAAGUCUGAUGUGUGGUCCUUCGGAAUUCUUCUGUAUGAGAUCGUCACCUACGGGAAAAUUCCCUACCCAGGGAGAACGAACGCCGACGUGAUGACUGCCCUGUCGCAGGGCUACAGGAUGCCCCGCAUGGAGAACUGCCCAGACGAGCUCUAUGACAUCAUGAAAAUGUGCUGGAAAGAAAAGGCAGAGGAGAGGCCGACGUUUGAUUACUUGCAGAGCGUCCUGGAUGAUUUCUAUACCGCCACCGAAGGGCAGUACCAGCAGCAGCCUUAAUGCACAGGGAGUCUGGUGGCCAUCGGCUGGGACGGCUGCCUCGUUCAAAAAGAAAACAGGACCACCGCUGGUUUGCGCGGUGUUUCAUACGCUAGGAUCAUCGACCGGCCCUGCUUCCUGGAAGCGAGGCCCAGUUACUCAGGAAGAACACUCUCGACAUGGGAAAGUAUUCCCUUUCUCGUCGGCUGAUGCCCACCAGUAGCCGCGUGGCCCGCUCCCAGCCGGCAGUCUUGCUUCGCUAGACGGACGUCUGCAUGUGGCCUUCUGAGAAGAAGCCAUUGGCCUCUUGUUUACAGCUCGAUGUGUGACCCGCAGGUUCAGAGGCCCUCACAGCGACUCUCAAAACAGUAGCAGAACGAAACUCGUUUAUAAAAAGCGAAGUAACCAGACGCAUAUCAUGACCCUUGUUUGCGUUUUCUCUAUGCUUUGGCUUAUCUGUUAAAAAAAAAAAAAUUACUAAUCUGAUCUGUUACAUGUUGCACCUGAAGUCAGUCAGCAGGUUAAAAUGGUCUCUCCCAGAUUGCAGUGAUUCCCCUGCCCCUGAUGUCUGAGACUGUUGAAGAUCUUCCUUCCAUGGAGACAGCUCGGAACCCCCAGACACAAAGCAGAGGAGCCGCCAUGUUCUUCUGCUCUGCUCCCUACAGAAGUGUCCAGCCGCCAUGUUCUUCUGCUCUGUUUCCUUCAGAAGUGUGGUUUGUGAGCGUGCAGAGCUCGCGUGUGUCCCCACGUGGAUCCCACCGACGGCCAGGGCUGGCCCAGACCUCCCAGGAAAGAGAGAAGAAGCAAAGGAACUGCUGUACCUUCAGAAGGAGUAUUUUUCAACGGCCCAGCUCUUCAAUCCCACAAUUUCCUAUCUGAGAGACUUUUUUGGACAAUGUACUUUGGGAGAACAAUAAGAUUCUAAUCUCUGCAGAGCCUGAUAAGGCCUUAUAAGACAUAAGUAUUCUCUUUAUUGCUUCCAAUGAUUUGAACAUUAUUUUAACGAUGAAAUGUUAAUUUUAGUUGUACUCAAGACAGUAAAAACCGCCAGAUUUGGGUCUCUUUUGUGAUUCAGCAAUCUUUUCUAAAUUGUGUAAGGUGUGUGUGAGACUAUUUAUACGAGGAUAUGAAAGCAACAGAAGUGACUGCAAGGCUCCAAUGAGCUCCUGCAGGAAGGAGGAUGAGAGGUUUUGUUUACUAAAUUGUUCUACUGUGAGCUUUGAAUAGAAAAUGCUACAUCACAUCGUGUUUCACUUAUGCUGUUUUGUAUAUAUCUAAUGUUGCUGUUUUUUGAUUUUAUUUGAAUACACCUGGCCCAAUAACAUC